AUGGCUGUAGAGCCCUAUCUCACGCCUUUCAAGAAAACAAAGUAUUCGGCGACCCGUCGGCUGCAAAUCAAGACCAAAAUCCUGAGGGCCGGAGAGAAGCUUCUUGCCCAAGAGGAAUCUCAGAAGAAGGAGGAUAAAGAGAGCGCACUACAGGAGAGCGCACCUCCACUCAAACUCUCAGGCCUCUCCGUACAGGAUCUACAGGCACUAUGUAAAGACUUGCACCGCAAGAUUGACGUGGUGGACGAGGCGCGAUACGAUCUGGAAUUAAAGGUGGCUCGUAACGAUGUAGAGAUCAUGUCCCUGACAGAGAAGGUGAUUAACCUGAAGGGCAAGAUGAAGAGGCCUAACCUGAAGCGCGUGAAGAAGACUACUGAGGACAUGCUGGGAUCCCUCGACACCAAAAGCUCGAAGGCGGACUUCAAGGCCAACCUCAAGACCGUGCAGAAAGAGGAGCCCAAGAAGGAAGAGGUGACAGAUUGGCGUAAGAACGUAGAGGCCAUGUCAGGCAUGGAAGGCAGAAAGAAGAUGUUCAACACUGGACAAUAAGACACACACACGCACAGACACACACACACACACACCAGCUGCUGGGGAAUAAAGAUGAACAGACCAACACAUAUCAUCGCUGUUCAAAGGUCAAUGGUUGUUAAUGAUAAAUACUGCGGAUUAAUAGUUGUUUAUUGCCACACAAGAUCGUUAGAUCAGGCCAUUUAGGAACAAGGAGGAAAAAUAUAUGUCACGUACAUUAUUAGAGGACUAUAGGCAAAUUGCAGUGACUCAGUAACACUGCACACAUGUAUUCAGUCUCUCUUCCCCUUCUUUGAAUCUGACAGUGUAUGUAAUUAUGAUAUUUAUAUCAUUGUACCCCUUAUGAUGUGCUCUUACAUGACUGACACUAUGGUUGUUUGAAUGUCACUGUUAUAUUCAUUAAAGGUAAAGUGUGUAAGA